AUGAGCAUUCAACCUCUACAAAAUCCCCAAGAAGAUGACUCUACUCUCCAAAUGUGGCAAACGGCCCUUUCUCCAUGGACCUCAUCCAUUCUCCCCCAUGCUACCAAUCUCUCCAGGGCCCGCGCAUCACUUAUAACCCCGCUCCCCGCCAACGGUCUGGGAUUUUCAGAGACAAAAAGACAUAUCUUGGACGAUAUAAUCCCUGGCUUCAACGGCAGCAGUCUAUGCCCUAACUACUACGGCUUCGUUACGGGAGGAGUAACCCCCGCCGCCCUGCUAGCGGACAAUAUAGUAUCGGCCUAUGACCAGAACGUCCAGGUGCAUCUGCCAGACCACUCUAUUGCAACAGAAGUGGAGCAUCAAGCAUUGAACCUUCUGCUUGAUUUAUUUGACCUGGAUCAUAAGAAUUGGCCGCAUAAGAUUCUGACGACCGGUGCGACCCCAAGUAAUAUUCUUGGUCUGGCGCUUGGGAGGGAAUUUGUUCUUCGGGCCGCUGUGGAGAGGAAGGCUGGUGUAGGUCAAGAGGUGAAGAGUGUGGGGGAGCAUGGUGUGGCAGCAGUAUUGCUUGCUGCGGGCUUGAAGGGAGUGCAGGUUCUAACUACAUAUCCACAUUCGUCGCUGGGGAAAGCGGCGGGAAUUUUGGGUAUUGGUCGGGUGAAUGUCAAGAGUGUCUGUGUUGCUGAUCUCAGUGAGGGUGUGAGCCAGCGUCCGCUCAUGUUUGAUAUCGAGGCUUUGGAAAGGGAGCUGGCCAGAGGCGAUAUGGCAAGCAUCGUUGCAGUGUCCUGUGGGGAAGUGAAUACAGGACAGUUUGCUACGAAGGGUCUUGAAGAGUUCAAGAAGAUACGACAGCUUUGUGACAAGUACGGUGCUUGGCUACAUGUGGACGGAGCGUUUGGGAUAUUUGGUCGUAUUCUGAAGGGUGAAAGCGAGUUUGAUCAUAUUUUGGAAGGGUGUCAGGGACUUGAGCUGGCACAUUCCAUUACGGGAGAUGCUCAUAAGUUGCUUAAUGUCCCUUACGACUGCGGAUUUUUCUUCUCUCAUCAUGGGGGUCUGGCGGGGGAUGUCUGUCGUAACCCCAACGCUGCAUAUCUAAGUAGUGGGAAUGGUGACGGCAACACUUCAAUCUUAAACCCCAUUAAUAACGGCAUCGAAAACUCCAGGCGUCUCAGAGCACUGCCCGUUUAUGCCACAUUAGUUGCUUAUGGAAGAGAUGGAUAUAGAGAUAUGUUGAAAAGGCAGAUAAGACUGGCCAGGUUGGUUGUUGACUGGUUAUUUGAGCACCCUGCGUACACUGUUCUUCCCAUUACUCCGGCAAAGGAAGAGCUUUUGCACAAUACGUUUAUGAUUGUUCUAUUCAGGGCAAGAGAUGAGGGCUUAAACCGGGUACUGGUGAAUAAAAUCAAUGAAACUUCAGAAAUGUAUGUUUCUGGGACGAUUUGGGAGGGAAUACCUGCAUGUCGAAUUGCAAUAUCAAACUGGAGGGUGAAUGAGAAGCGAGACUUUGAGGUAAUAACUUCCGUGCUGAAUGGAAUUAUUCGAUAG